CAAACCCCUCCACCUACCUUAUCCACACUGACACUCGUAAGUCACCCACUCAUCUGCACUCAUCUCUGUCUCUAUCUUUGUUUGCCUAUUCCAAUUCACUGUCGCCCGACACCCUUCUCUCUUCUGAUCUCCCUUCCCCUUUCUUUGAUUGAUCCAAAAUUACUUAUGGUGAUUCGCGAUCUUACGAUUCCAAGCUUCAAGCUAUUAAGCGAUAGUGAUGAGGACAAAUCAUCUCCUACACCUGUCCCAACUACUCUAAACCCUUUGAUCCCUAAAUAUGACUCUGUCGAUACCAGAUCUGGAACCUCUGAUACAGAUCCAACAUGGUGGUACUGGAAAAUAUAUCUUUGGGGAGACCAUUUUCCUUCGGAGGAAGAAGGAGGUUGUGUCGAAGAUGGGGAAGAUGAGGAAUCUAUUACUUCAGAAUAGAUCUUGCAGAUGUCCGAUACAUAAAUUAUUUUCUCGGAGCCGGAUGGAGAUGAGGCUAAGGUACUUCUCUUUAGGAAGAGUAAUUUCUCCUACUUGUUUUACAUUCUCUUUAGGAAGGUACUUCUAAUGUCCGAUACAUAAUUUUACAUUCUGAGUAUUUGCAUGCCCUACUUGUUUCUCUAGUUGCAAACUUAUGAUGCAAAAAAGAAUUGUUCUUAGCCAGUGGAACUUUGUGAGCUAGAUAUGUGUGAGCUCCUAUAUUGUAAUGUCACCCCGUAUUGAUUGGAGACUUAUAAAACUGAUUAAUUUUAUCCAUGUGGUCUCCCCUUUUCCUGUUCAGUGAGAAAAGUGUUGUGAUACUACAAAAAAAAGGUCCUUUGGCACUAGCAAGGUAAACUCCUACUGCGUCAGAUACAACACUUGUGCAUGUUUUCCAUCAAAAAAUUAUGCAAAAGCUUGUCAAUAGGAAGUAAAGAGAGGCAUUGUACUCUUCCUUGGCCAUGUUUGCACAAACAAAAAAACAAGUACCCUAUCUCAGAGUAAUCACACAUGCUCCUCUAAGUACACUUGUGCACUGUGAUACACUUCUAAGCUGACCCCUAAGUUUCGUGGUAAUCUUCCUUCUAUGACCAUCUUAGUUUUGUACAUGUGAGGGAUUUUAAAUUGGUUCCCCCCAUUGUUAUUAAGAACCUCACCCAUCACACCUUGAAGGGUCAAGAAUACUCUAUUGCGUUUGUCAGGUGACAGCUCUUCAAAUGUUGUGCCAAAGACCUAGGAGAAGCUUGAUCUUGCAGUGUGUGAAUAGACCUAAUGUUGGGAUUUUAAGCGCGUAAGAUACCGAAAAAUACUGAGAACACCAGAAAAAUGAGAGAACAAACACAAGAAGAAAAUAUGAGAGAAAAAAAUUAUAUUUCCACUAUUUCAGGACAAUAUACAAAAAACUCUCCCUUGUUCCACAUCCUAUGCCCGGAUGUAUUUUUCCGAGUAACUAAAACCAGUUACUCCCUACACUCAACCACACUUACCAAGACCCCUUGGAUUUUUCCAGUGGUAUUCUUGUGUAAAAUUGCUCUUUUUCUCUCUACCUUGGUGGUGUGUAAAACUCACACACACAUAGAGAACUCUUCACAUGGCUAGUUAAAUAGCUAACAAAGGAGCAUAUGAACAAAGGAAUAAAAGACAAUCAAGAAAUGGCCGACACCUAU